AUGGAACAUGUCCCUGCAUGGAAAAGGAUCGCUAUAAAAAAGAGAGAGUCUGAGAGUGCCGAAGACAACGCUGCUCUGAAUGUAACUACUCAUCUGGCUACCGCCAAUUUGAGCAAGCAGGAAAAGAGGAGGAUUAUUAGAGGGGAAACGGGCACCAACAAGAGCAAGAAGGCCAAUCCGAAUAAGAGGCAGAAAAAGGACAAAGCUCCUCGUGAGGAAAGACUGCUGCACAAGGAAGAGGUUCUCAAGGAUCAACUGCGAUACCUGAUUGACUUUUAUCGUGAAAAAGUUGGACAGCUGCCGCGAGAAAUUUGGGACCACAAGCCGGUACGUAUCCAACUUGGAGGCUCUGAUGAAGAUCCUGCAAAGGAUGAGCCAAACCCGGAUUCAGAAUCUAAAGCUGAGGUGACAGAGGUUUGGAAAUUCUCCAAGCAAAAACAGAACUGGCUGCUGAAACACGUUCUAGACGACACCCAGAUUCCAUCGUACUACGAUGAGUUAGUUUAUGCCUACUUCAAGGAUCUCAAGGGCGGGUCCAAGUUGGCACUGGUAAGCUCGUGCCGCGAAUGCAUUGACAAGAAUGAGAAAUUCCAAUUAACGUCCCAAAACACGAAUGAUUCAGAGGUACAGCCAGACGAGAGUAGCAGUGAACAGCAGCACAGUCCAAAGGAAUCAGAAAACGCGGCUGAACCCUCUACUGAAGAACCUUCUACUGAAGACAAUCAGAAAACAAAGCAGUUGAAAGAGGUAGAUGGCGAGGAGAAGCCAGAAAGUGAAGUCCCCCCAUCAGGACACCAGGUAGAACGUGCUCAGCGCCUCUUGGCUCUUUUGGAAUAA